AUGUCAUUCGCACAAGAGCGCUCCUCUCCCCUCCCUCCUCCGCCGCCGUCGCCGCGCGUAGGGUCCUAUCCCCACCAGACACACGCACAGCAGACGUCUCCCCUAAGACGGAUAGCUGUGCAACCGCCGAUAAUCAAUACCCAGCUCGCGCCCCCGCCAGGUCAAUACUCGCAUGGCCACACGCCUGCGAGCGCGACGCCCUUGAACGUGUCCUUCUCCCCCUACGCGCCCACACCUUCGUCCUAUGCCGCGUCGCCAAUAGUGCCGCCAUCGCCCAUGGCAAUGAGGAACCCAGGCUACAAUCCCCAGCAAUGGGCACGCAGUGGGGGCACCGUAGGCGGCCAGUAUGUACCGCACUCGGCGACCCAGACUCCUGUCGCGACGAGUCGGUCUCAGGAUGUCACGGGCAUGGAAGCGUCAAUGCCCUCCCCACCUCCGCCGUACUCUCCAGGUCAGAAUCCAAGCCGACCAGCGAAUGCAAACCCAGGCUCGUCACCGCACAUGUCGGCUGCUGCAUUCGCUGCGAGUCACCCACCUCCACCACCGCCGCCGUCCGACUACACAUCGUCACCCGUGUCUCGACCGACAUCAGGCUUCUUUCACAGCAGACCCGGGUCCAUAGUGGUACCUCAAAGCGCGACAAGUGUGGUGUCACUUUCACAAUUCCCUCCUCCACCGCCUGCAACUGGUUCGAAAAGAUCGGCCUCUCGAGAAAAACUCACCUCCAAGUUCGGCCUAUCCAAAUUUCGCGAUAGAGGAUCAGGGAGUCCCGGUCCAAGUAAUAUCGAUGCACUUCGGAUCAGUACAAGUGAAGCUCUGCAGCGGCCUCCAGCGUCACCAGGUAUUCCUCCACCUCGACCUUCCCAUCAUGUUCUCCAAAGCGCUUUCCCUACGGACCACCGAUGGAGUCCAGACACGCAGUCGCCCGUCAGAGCACCCGGCGCACGAAGGGCUGCUUCGACCGGCGUGCUUGCCUCAGAGUCAAGGACUCCUAGUGAUGAGACCCCAACACUACCUCAAGGUAGUUGGGGACAUGGAGCGAUAUUACCACCCCCGCCUCCUGGUCCUCCGCCCCCUGGCUCCAGAUCACAAAGUUUGGGACGUGGACUUGAUUCGACUGUCGGUCGCCAGUCUGUACUUGCGCCAGCACCUCCGACACGAAGACCUGGACAAAGCACUCUGACGCCCAUUCCACCAACGCCAGUGGGCUGGCAAGAUGAACCUGUGAGGCAGCGGUCACGUUCGCCUGCUGCCCAAGGACUGCAAAUAGACACAAGCCCACGUGCACUUGAAACACCAGAGCACCCAUCACAGCCUGUCGAAAGCGAAUCUGGCUCCAUUACGUCUGGACCGACAACUUCAACCUCGAACUCAAGCAGUACGCUCUAUCGCGACCCCAGCGGUAGUCAAACGUCGCGAGGUAUUCGCGAACGUCGCAGCGAAAGCCGAGCUGCACGAGAACGAGUCGAGCCGAACAAUAAUCCUUGGGCACAGGACAUGGAAGCUGCGAAACCGGCCGACCUGGUCCUGGGCAGUCCUGAGGGUGGACUCAAACGGCGUGAUGCAGUCACGAAGAACACCCCACGAAGUGGUGGCCUUCGUUCGCCGAGAAGCUCACAUUCGGUUGGAGAGCCUGGCUCAUCGAACUCUACACCCCGCCUCAGCUUGCUGACUGGGCCUCAAGCGACGCCUCCUUUCUCGCCAGGUACGGAACGUUUAGAUAAUUCUCGCACUCAGAAGCAGCCUGUAUUAUUUCCAUCGAAGGCUCUUCCUACCCCGCCCAUCCGUCAUUAUGGAAACGAUGUUGAAACAGGCCUGACUGACAGUCCAGGGGCCCGAAUUCGAUCGACAUCAAACGCAUCUCAAAAUUCGGGCGCAAAGGUCGAAACAUCUCUGUCCAGCACGCCACGACCUGUGGGUGGUGAUGCUUUUAUGGAAGCAGCCGUCGAACGACAUCGUCAAUUUAUUGAUAAAGAGAUGGCAGCUCAGUCAGACCAGGCUAGGUUGGAGGCGUUCGCAGACUACAUCGUCAACGAGUCGCGACUUCGGCGAGAUAUGUAUUCCGCAGCUUUCGAUGCCAUGGCGGGAGAUAUUGUGGACCUGACAAGGGAUCUGUGGCGCUCUUCCAACCCCUCAGGUCGCAGGUCCACAACACCGAGUGCCCAGAGUGCAUCUAUCGCUCCUAGCGGCAGAAGAUCGCAGGCGUCUACCAGCGGCGAGUCACUAGACACAAGGCCACCCAUUUCCAUUCCCACAACAGCUGCAAGUCCCGCUUCAUCUGUUCAAAACUUCACGCCUCAUACCGAGCCAGCGUCGCCAUCGAGUGCGACUAGUCAACGUGCGCGUGAUGCGUCGUGGAACUACAAGCCGGUCCUGUCUCCGAUUCCAAGCAUGGCCAUGAGCACUGUGCCAGAUGAGGAAGAUUCGCGGGGACGAUCCGCGAGUCGGUGGUGGGAAGCGAGCAAUGAUGGUGCUUCGUCUGGCAAUGGGGGUCGCAAAUUGGAAAGAAGCAAACGCGAAUCAAAGUAUAUGGGAUUACCAAAGGAGGCUCGCGAAAGCCUGCAGUGGGUUGGAGAGGAUGACGCUUCACCUGCGAAUCGCGGAGAGUCAAGUAGCCGGCAGCCGUACGGAUCGAGUGAAUACCCGCCUGAGAAGGUUGGUCUUCAUGAGGGGGCGCCAGGUAAACAAGCUGUUGGAUACUUUCCCAGAUCUGCGCCAACGACCCCUGAUCCGCGAAAACUGGACGUCUCUCGACUAGUGACACUACCGCCGGCUUAUCCGCGACACCACCCUGCCGUCAACAACAGCCACCCCGAGCUAACUUCGAUUCGCAUCAAUCUGAGAAAUUUUUCGGAUCUUCAAGAAGUGAAAACGACUAAGGAGGUUUUCCACACGAAGAUUAAAACGCAAAAGGAGCAGGAGAACGCAUCGCUCAAUGACCGGAGGGCACAGCUUCGUUACAAUAUACAGGAAAAUAUUCGGAACGGAGUGAUGAGCUACGGUGACGCUGCCAAAGCUGAGAAAGACUUUGAGACCCGAGAGCACCAGCGGGCGCAAGAUUCUGUUCAAAAGACAUUUGACAUGUUCCAAUCCGAAGUUGCCAACCCAUUGCAUGCGUUGUUCUGCGAACGGAUCAACAAAGCUUCGGCUUCUCUUGAGCACCUUAAAGGUCGCUUGAACAGCGCUGCGUCGGAGUUGAACCCUAACCAAACGCAAGAGGAAGGUGACGAGCAACCGGAAUUGCUGGAGAUGCUCACCCUGCUGAAAUGGCUUUUCGAGGCACGUGAGCAGCUGCACAAAGAAAUGUUCGAGCUCGAAGACGAGCGCAACGAACUUUACAAGGACAUCAUCGUCCUGCCGUAUGCCCAAUCCGCAAACGAGCAGAAAGUUAGGGAAGCAACAGCAUUCUUCCAGCGCGAUGCUCAGGACCGAAAAGUCACCUGGGAAAAGGAUAUCCUGAAACGUUACGAAGAAUUCAUGAACACAAUCGAGGUAAACGUCACACGCGGUGUCGAAGCACAACUCUCGGCAUUCUGGGAUAUCGCGCCGGGGCUGCUUGCAAUCGUGCAAAAGGUUCCCAAGCGGCUGAGUGGCUUCGAGAUCCUGAUUCCGCCCUCGGAAUAUGAGGAGAAUCCUUCUUUCUACGAUUUCCCGCUGCAGUACCUGUACACGCUCCUUGCCCACGCCGGUCGCUCCGCGUACCAGUUCAUCGAGUCACAAACGAACUUGCUAUGCCUCCUUCACGAGGUCAAGACUGGUGUCAUGAUCGCUGGCUCCAGGUUGCUGGAGACCCAAAGGAUUAUGGAGGGUGAAGACUUGGAGCGUGUGACCCAGGAGAUGAAGGCUAUCAAGGAAGACGAAGAGCGGCGACUGACGGACGAUUUAAAAGAAAAGGUUGGACUGGUGGAGAGCCAGUGGGACGAGGCACUUGGGGCCGGGUUGGCAGACUGCAGAUUGCGAGUCGAGACCUUCCUUGCGCAACAGGGCGGAUGGGAGGACUGCUUGAAGGAUUGA